AGGCACGGCUCAAGCAUUAGGCAUUAUGCAUAACUUCAUAAUGACCCCUGUCAUAGCCCCCCCAUCCAUAGAUGCCGCGUUAAUUAAAUAGUCUACGCCAUCUUACGCUGCAAAGGUUUGUCUCGAGACCUGCAUUUUCUUGCAGGACAGGCUAUUCGCUUCGGAGCGUCUGCUGGCAGCGGUAUUUAUGGAUGGACGCGAGGACGUGAUCGGCCGGGACCGAAAGCGCAUUGCGAUACAGAGAAAAAGAUGGGGACUCGCGUGAGAUAACUAAAACACAAGCUGUGGAGGAAACAAUGUUAGUGCGUUCCAGACGCUGUUGCUUCAUUUCAAGAAGGCCGACCACAGAGUUUCAUAAAUCGGGCCGACCAGCCUGCAACACGACAAUUUCUUGCCAGCGGUGCUGUCAACCGGAGAAGGGGAUACCGUCGUGGUACGUGACUCAAACCCAGCCUGAGCUAUAUUCAUCCCGGAGACCUGGGCCCCUAGAGCCGUACCCCGCCCGUCCGAGCAACAAAUUCAUCGUAAUAUCAACUCUAUAAAUCAUAGAGCUGCGGAGAAAGGCUGUGUUGUCACAGUUUCUCUCCUUUCCUCUCCGUUGCACCUCUGCGCCAAAGCCCUCCUGGCCUCACCUCACUGGAGGAGCAGCAUCGAGAGUGACUCACAUUGUUGCGGCAUCGAAUAAGUCUGAAAUCUUUGAGUGCUUUACGGUCCCUGUUCCUGUCUGUGCGGUCGCCGACGGGGGGGUCGGGCCUGGAAGAGCUGUGACUGUUCAGGGAAGCCAAGAGGAGCUACACACCGUCUUACAGGAGCCACCUCCUCAUGACAGAACAAUCCCACGCACCACUUAGCAACCUCAACCUUGAACGUGCCACAAGGUCCAUCCCUCCAAUAAGGUCCUUGUGGCUCGGCGGUCAACAACCCUGAAAAUUAUCUCCGUGACGACGAUCAAGGCUGAGGGUUAUCCAGACACUGUCUGGGGACUUGUGUAGCUGCGCCAAGCAUUUCCUGUCUACUUAGCUAGCUUUGGCCCCUCCCCCCCUCCUGCUUUGGCCCCUCCUCCCCUCCUGCUUUGGCUCCUCCCCCAACACCUACUUUAGCCCCUCCCCUCCUUCCUGUUUUGGCCCCUCGCCCGCCGCCGCCAUGCGCCCCUCCCUCGCCACGGCCGUCCUCCCCAGGACGCGGCAGCACACCACCCCCACGCUGGCCGUUGGGCGGGAACACCUGUCGGCGCCGCGGCGACGCAGCCCGCACCUCAGACACACCCUCAGCCCCGACAACCUGCGCAGCCUGGCGGAAAGGGGCGGGGCCUCCACAGACUCCGCCUCCCUGGUGGGCGGACCCAUGGGGCUGCCUCGCGCCAACAGCGACACCGACCUGGUGACCUCACAGAGUCGGUCGUCGCUGACGGCGUCCACCCUGGAGUUCACCCUGAACCGAGGACAGAACCUGGUCAUCUCCUGGGACAUCAAGGAGGAAGUGGACGCCACUGACUGGAUUGGUCUCUACCACAUCGACGAGACCAGCCCAUCCAACGUGUGGGACUGUAAGAACCGAGGGGUGAACGGGACUCAGAGGGGCCAGAUCGUCUGGAGGCUGGAACCAGGACCCUACUUCAUGGAGCCUGAGACCAAGAUCUGUUUCAAGUACUACCAUGGCGUCAGUGGAGGCCUGAGAGCAACCACCCCCUGCAUCACUGUGAAGAACCCCGGAGUACAGGGGGAUGGUGAGGGGCAGGCAGGGACAGAGCAUCCUCGUAAACUGAUCAGCUUCACUUUGACAGAUCUGCGAGCGUUGGGUCUGAAGAAGGGCAUGUUCUUUAACCCGGACCCCUACCUGAAGAUGUCCAUCCACCCAGGCAAGCGCAGUGGAUUCCCCACCUUCAGCCACCACGGGCAGGAGAGACGCUCCGCCAUCAUCUCCAACACCACCAACCCCGUCUGGCACAAAGAGAAGUAUACUUUUGUAGCGUUGGUGACAGAUAUUCUCUACAUCGAGGUGAAGGACAAGUUUGCAAAAAGUCGACCAAUAAUCAAGCGCUUCCUUGGUCAGCUGACCAUCCCUGUACAGAGACUGCUGGAGAAGAUACCUGGGGUCCAGCCUGUGAGCUUCUCUCUGUGUCGGCGUCUGCCCACGGAGCACGUCAGCGGGCAGAUGCAGUUCAGGAUGGAGCUCACCUCCACCGGACCGGACGGGGCGUCUCCUGACUCCAUCAUAGGUGUCUCCACUCUGAACGGAACCCCAGGAACCCCCUCUGACGACGAGGACCUGCCCCACCAUCUCCCCAUCGUCUCAGCGGGUCCCUCUCCCACCGGCUCCCAGGGGUCCGGGGGCCCUUGGGAGGGCGGGGCCUCCGCAGAGCUGGGCAGGGCCGAGGGCGGGCUGAUGGACAGGGGGGCGUCUUCUGGGUCCUACCUCCUGCAGCGUUCGCUCAGCGAGGGCCUGGAUGCCAUUGAGGCCCCCAAGGGCCCCGGAGAGCGGCCCCUUGGAGCCGCCUCGCCCAAGCUGCGCUCCAGCUUCCCCACGCACACACGCCUCAGCGCCAUGCUGCACAUCGACUCUGACGAGGAUGAUGAGCGGUCGGGGCCCAAUGACAUCACCCCUGUACCUGGCUCUCCUCUCCUGUUCAACGGGGCCACGCACGGCCAAGACAGCCACGACGAAGACCCCUUCCCCGAGCUCCCCUCGGAGCUGGGGGAGGGGGUGGGGCUGGGGCUGGGGGAGGGGGUGGGGGCGGACGGGGGGGUUUCAGAGAUGGAGCUGGCCCCGGAGUUUGAGACGGAGGUGGACCUAGAGGAUGCGUCUGAACCUGACGUGUUCUCAGAAGUGGACGAAGCUCCCUUCUCGGAAGCCGUGUCACACAGUCUCUUGCCUGACUGUCUGGAGGGGCAGGAGGGGGAGGGGGGGCCAGGGCCCGUGGAGGACCUGUCGUCUGACGUUGACACCUGCUCCAUGGCAACCGCCCCCCAGACGGUGUUGUCGUCGUCUGAGAGCUGUCCUGUCAACAUGGCGACCGCUGUGGAGGCAGAGGAAGGGGCGGAGACUGCUAUUGACCCAGGGGGAGACGUCCUCACCGACACGCCUCCAACCAAUCAAGACGUAGAUGACGAGGGUGGCGGGCGAACUGCAACCAAUGAGGUUGAGACAGAGGCACCAGCUGCCAUUGAGCAAAACCCAGCCGAGGAAAGUAACGAGCGGAGGCGGAGCUUGCAGGCAGCUGAAGGAGUGACCCAGGAAGUGGAAGGGGAGGAGCCUAAACCCGCUGGGGAGGCGGGGUCAGUGGAUUCUGAUCAGCCUGCCACAGAAACUGAUGGAGAGGAUGGUGCCCAGGUGAAUGGCCUCCCGGUCCAGUCUCUGCCCUCGGUCCGCCAUGACAUCCACCGCUAUCAGCGUGUAGACGAGCCCCUGCCCCCUAACUGGGAGGCCAGGAUUGACAGCCACGGCCGGAUCUUCUUCGUGGAUCAUGUGAACCGCACCACCACCUGGCAGCGUCCCACCGGCCCCCCCGCCCCCCAGGGCCUCACACGCUCCAACUCCAUCCAGCAGAUGGAGCAGCUGAACCGCCGGUACCAGAGCAUCAGGAGGACCAUGACCAGUGAGCGGACAGAGGAGACUACAGUAGACCUCCCCCCAGAGCCCCCAGACAGCGACCUGCUGCACCAUGCCAUCCCUGAGUACCGUAGAGACAGCACGGUGGGCCACUCCAGUUCACGCUCACGCCUCUCCCUGCUGCUCCAGUCUCCCAGCGCCAAGUUCCUCUGCAGCCCAGACUUCUUCACCGUGCUGCAUUCUAACCCUAGUGCCUAUCGCAUGUUUACGAGUAACACCUGUCUGAAGCACAUGAUCAGCAAGGUGCGGCGCGACGCGCACCACUUUGAGCGCUACCAGCACAACCGAGACCUGGUCACGUUCCUCAACAUGUUCUCCAACAAGCAGCUGGAGCUGCCGAGAGGCUGGGAGAUGAAACACGACCACACGGGCAAGUCAUUCUUCGUGGAUCAUAACUGUCGCUCCACGACCUUCAUUGACCCCCGGCUCCCUCUCCAGAGCUCCCGCUCCUCUGGUCUGCUGGCUCAUCGCCAGCACCUCAGCCGCCAGCGCAGCCACAGCGCCGGGGAGGUGGUGGAUGACUCCCGGCAGAGCCCUCCUCCUCUGACACCCCGGCCGUCCAGCACCUUCAGCGGCUCCAGCCGCAACCAGUACCAGGACCUGGUUCCUGUGGCCUACAAUGACAAGAUAGUGGCGUUUCUACGGCAACCCAACAUCUUUGAGAUCCUGCAGGAGCGUCAGCCGGAGCUCGUCAGGAACCACUCUCUGAAGGAGAGGGUUCAGUUUAUUCGCAGCGAGGGUGUGUCUGGGCUGGCUCGUCUCUCCAGUGAUGCUGAUCUCGUUAUCUUACUCAGUUUGUUUGAAGAGGAAGUGAUGUCGUACGUUCCGCCUCAUGCCUUACUGCACCCUAGCUACUCCAUCUCCUCCCCACAGAGCUCCCCAGGGACUCAGCGAGCCAACGCCAGGGCCCCGGCGCCGUACAAGCGGGACUUUGAAGCCAAGCUGAGGAACUUCUACCGCAAGCUGGAGACCAAGGGCUACGGCCAGGGUCCGGGGAAGGUCAAGCUGAUCAUCCGCAGAGACCACCUCCUGGAAGAUGCCUUCAACCAGAUCAUGUGUUACUCACGUAAAGACCUGCAGAGGAGCAAGCUCUACGUCAGCUUUGUGGGGGAGGAGGGUCUUGACUACAGCGGCCCCUCCAGAGAGUUCUUCUUCCUGGUGUCUCGAGAGCUCUUCAACCCGUAUUAUGGUCUGUUUGAGUACUCGGCCAACGACACCUACACUGUGCAGAUCAGCCCCAUGUCGGCCUUCGUGGACAACCAUCACGAAUGGUUUCGUUUUAGCGGCCGUAUCCUGGGUCUGGCUCUGAUCCACCAGUACCUGCUGGACGCCUUCUUCACCCGUCCGUUCUACAAGGGCCUACUGCGCAUCCUGUGUGACCUGAGUGACCUGGAGUUCCUGGAUGAGGAGUUCCACCAGAGCCUGCAGUGGAUGAAGGACAACGACAUCGAGGACAUGCUGGAUCUCACCUUCACCGUCAACGAGGAGGUGUUCGGACAGAUCACGGAGAGAGAGCUGAAGCCAGGCGGUGCUGGAAUCCCCGUGUCGGAGAAGAACAAGAAGGAGUACAUCGAGCGCAUGGUGAAGUGGCGCAUCGAGAGGGGCGUGGCCCAGCAGACAGAGAGCCUGGUCCGGGGCUUCUAUGAGGUGGUGGAUGUGCGGCUGGUGUCUGUGUUUGACGCCCGGGAGCUGGAACUGGUGAUCGCUGGCACGGCUGAGAUCGACCUGGCGGACUGGAGGAGCAACACAGAGUACAGAGGAGGUUACCACGACAACCACAUCGUGAUCCGCUGGUUCUGGGCGGCGGUGGAGAGGUUUAACAACGAGCAGAGGCUGAGACUUCUGCAGUUUGUGACAGGCACCUCCAGUAUUCCCUAUGAAGGGUUCGCCUCUCUAAGGGGCAGCAACGGACCUCGCAGGUUCUGUGUGGAGAAGUGGGGCAAAAUCACCUCCUUACCCAGAGCCCAUACCUGUUUUAACCGUCUGGACCUCCCUCCGUAUCCCUCUUUCUCCAUGCUCUAUGAGAAGAUGCUCACUGCCGUGGAGGAAACAAGCACCUUCGGAUUGGAAUAACCUCCCCAAAAUGUCUGCCCACCCUCCCCAAAAAGGCUGACCACCCUGGGUUGGCCUCAUUGCAAAAAGAGAAAAUGCAACAUCUUAGACAGUGACAGUAUACAAACUGUCUGCACUUUCAUCACACAUCAAACAGCACGGCUUCAUUCUCUCUCUCUUUCUCUCUCUCUCUCUCUCUCUCUCUCUCUCUCUCUCUCUCUCUCUCUCUCUCUCUCUCUCUCUCUCCCCUCUCUCGCUCUCUCUGUCUCUCUCUCUAAAGAUCAAUGGACAGUCUUGAGAUCCCCUCUAACUUUUAGAUCCACAAAUAGCCUUUAGGUCCGAGGUGCAUGUCUGUUUUAUAUAUUGAGUGGUGUAAAAUCGGAAUCAAGCAACUAGACUGUAUCCUUCCCCACACACGACACCCUCUCAUCCAGCAACUAGACUGUAUCCUUCCCCACACACGACACCCUCUCAUCCAGCAACUAGACUGUAUCCUUUCCCACACACGACACCCUCUCAUCCAGCCACAUGUGUGCUUUACCUCUUCAGUUAUGAUGGCCUUCGCUCCUGGUGCCCCCUCCCUCUCUCCGGGUGCUCAGUGCGCCCCUCUGCCCCAGAGACCAGCCCUUCUAACUCCCCUGGGCUCCUCCCUCCCUCCCUCUUUUCUCUGGACCUCUGAACUGUGUCAUUUUUACUGUGGGGCUGCAGCAUAUAUACAGACUAUUGCCUUGGCUUUCGAACACAAGACUGAACCCAUUUUUACCUGGCACUUCAGCAGACACACUGGGUUGACACAAACACACACACACACAAACUAAUGAUAGUAAUAUAGUAGCAGUAUUAUGAUGGAAAUACAUCACCGGUCCUCCUUCAGUGUAGACAGAGAAGAGUCCAUGGAGGAUUGUUUGGUGUUAGUAUCUUGUCGUUAUGUGGACGGGAAGAGAUCUUAAUGUUUAAGACUGUUAUCUUUGUAUGGAUUUGAAAAUGAUACAUUAGAACCUUUAAGGACUGUCAGAAACCUUGUCACAUCCCUAAACACAGUAUUCUCUUUCUAGGGCAACUACACACUUCACAACACACACACACACAGAUAAAUACAAAGUAAGGAUACUCACACAAAACAUUAGCUCACCAACGAUGCACUUUCUCUCGCCCUGAAAGCGGGAACACUGCGUAGACUCAGUCUGAGGGGAACUCAUCAUCCUUCAAAUGACCACAUUUUCACACACACCACAGACAGAAUAUGCUGAUCAAUUAGCUCAAUCUCACUCUCACUGACAUUCUCGCCUCUUCUACAGUAAACUGAUGAAUGUAUCAAAUCAAUGACUGAAUGUAUGACCUCUUCAGAAUUGCCAGCUUUCCUGGUGGAUGAUUGAAAAGCCUUUUUGGUCCUUUGGCUGAAGAGGAAAUGGAAUUAUCAUCAGGAAGUGGGGAAUUAAAAAUAAACUACAAACAUGGCGGCUGAACAAGAGAUAGGGAGGAGUAGACUCAUUGUGGCACCGGCCUCGUGCCUUGAUGUGAGAGGAUAUAACUUACAUCCCUCCAUGGGUCACAACAAUAAACCAAGUUUGAUAGGUCAGGAAAAAAACAUGAAUGGCUUUAGAUGUGUUGCAAUGCAAAAACUAAAAACUAUGAAAACGAACCACUGCUGCAGCUCUGUCUGAAGACAGUUCUAUGAUAUUUCCACACGAGGGCAGUGCAGGAUAAAGUGGGGGUAGUCAGGUACCCAGGAAGGAGGACUGGUGUUGGUUGGUUGGUUUCUGACCUUCUGACCUGAAGUUUCCUUGGUUACACAGAGAUCAGGAACAAAUCAAGUUCUUACCUAUGUAUAUUGUGCACGACAACAAUGUCCUUUCAGCUUUGGGUAUACAAGCCCAUGUAGAAGAAGUAAUUAAUGUCUUGAAAGCAUGUGUUUAAACUGGUCUUUUUAGUGCAUUUCCCCCUUACCCAAAGGCUCAUUCACACUCUCACCCACACACAUACAGUACAUUUUCUAUGGGUUGCAUGUACGAUUACAAUUAAUGUACAGAGUCUUGUUUGAGCUGGACAACCCAGAACCUAAAUAGUCCUAGACACUCCACAGCUAUGGUGUUGUGGAGGCAGCUCUAGUCCCUCUCCCAGUCCCACCCCAUCCUGCAUGCAGGGGUUCCUAGUCCCUCUCCCAGUCCCACCCCAUCCUGCAUGCAGGGGUUCCUAGUCCCUCUCCCAGUCCCACCCCAUCCUGCAUGCAGGGGUCCAUCAGGCAGCUCUGUGAGCAGUACUGAAGGCCACCCCUAGAUGGCGUUGUGUUAUAGCUCGAUAUUGCAUGUUGAAAUAGUGCAACACUCUGUCCUUUCUAGCUUUUUUGCAUGAGGAUAUUGCUAUCGAUUUGAAGAGUGGGGUGGGGGAGCUGGAUACUUUUAUGUCACUUUGGUUAGCACUUUACUUGAAGGGUGAGGAUGUAGGUUUUUCACCACGCUGUUCCAGCGGUAUAGUUACGAAGAGGUGACUAGGCAAAGGCAGUUAGAUGUACUUGUGUGUGUUGUAACAUGGCUUGGUAAGUUGCGAGAAGCAAAAAGUGCAUCUCCAUGGCGGUAUUAUGAAAAGUGUCAUGGCCGCAUGCUUCAAGUGAAGUGUUACUGUUACUUUCACACCUGUCCACCUGUCUCAGAGAUAGGUUGGAGGUCAAGGGGUCAUUGAGAACCUGGAUACACAGGGAAUCAAUAGUGCUGUGUUGAUCAUGUGAAAGCGAGAGCACCUGUUUGUGUAUCAUGUGUGUGGCCCUGUAUGUCUCUCUCUUUAUGUAAUUGUACAUGUAUGUCCUGUUCUGUGUACAAAUAUAUAUAUUUUGCACCGAAUGUACCAAAGGUUUGGGGCUUGCAUAGACAACCAUUUCUCUCUAUUUCAGUCAAACAACAUAUCCUCAACCUCUGUCACAUCCGUGGAUCUUUCACCUCAAGUUUAGAGGGCAGCUUUGUGGCAUGAGCACCGACUCUUCGCGUCAGGGUAAAAAUGAUUCGGCUUUUCGGCCAAUUUGACAUUUUCCAUUCUGAGGCUUUUACUCAAACUGCUACCAAGACUUGUCCAGUAAUACGGAGAUCCACAGGCCCCUUUGUGAGGUCACAGCUCAUUACUUCUACUCCCACUUCACUAGUUGCAGGACGUGGGCAUACCCAUAUCAGAAUCUCCACUCUAUGCAAAGCUCCUGUAUGUAUGUCUCCAUUUCACCCCAAUGAUUGUAUUAAAAAGACAUCAACAAACAGCA